UUCCCUUUUCCCUUUUUCCCUUUUCCCCUUUUUUUUCCUUCACCUUCUCCACAUACAAUUUACAGUACAGACAAAUCACUUGGUUGAGUUGGGUUGGGUUGGUCCAUUUGGCUUCUCACUCACUUCCUUUCAUUUCCUCUUCCCUUUCCUUUUUCUUUCAUUUUCCUUCCUCUGCCGUUUUAAUGGCGACCCUGGUUUUGGUUGUUUGGUUGUUGAGAUGGAAUAAAUGUUGCAUUUUAAACACAUGGCCCUACAUUUACACUCUGGGUUUCCAUUCUUAAUCCCACCUUUUUCCCCACUUCUUUACAUUUAACUAAAACAGAGGAACUGAAGAAGAAGAAGAGAAGAAGAGGAAGAAGAACAGGAAGAGAGAGAGAGUGUUGUUUUUGUAUUUGUAAUUGCCUCUCUCAUCCACGUGCUUCAACCAACCGCUCAAUUUCUUUCUUCUUUUUCUUACAGGUUCUUCCAUUCCACUUCAUUCAUUGAUUGUCGUUCUCUUUCUUUAAUUCCAUUGCUGUGAAAUCAAUGGCGUGGGACUCUUCAAUCCCAUUUCUGGAUCUUCAUUUCUACUCUUUUCUGAUGAAAUCUGGGUGAGGAGUUGAAUCAUUAUCAGAUUUAAGUGGAUUGGAUUUCUGGGUACUUCUUGCAUUUCCGAUCUGUGAAUGCGAUUGGAUUUUUGUGCUUUUUUGUUACUUUCUCUUCAGAGUUUUGUGUAAUUUCUGUUGUGGGUUUUUGGUAGAAAUGUUAGUGGUGUUUACUGUUUGGAUUAUCUUCAAAACCCAGAUCGUGAAAUGAUCUAAAUCGGAUUCCCAAAAUGCCAAAUGGGUAGUUAGAUUGAUCCAUGUAGUUGAUAAAGGAUAAAAAGGAAAAAAUCUCUUUACUUCCUGAGCAUGAGAAAGGUUAAUCAGCUUUGUCUUUCUCAUGCUCUUCUGUUCUUCAUUCUAUUUCUCUUUGGAUUUUGCUCUGCUGUCACUGAGAAGGACAUUUUGCUUCAAUUCAAAGAUGCUGUUACAGAGGACCCGUUUAAUUUCUUGAGAACUUGGGUUGCCGGCGAGGAUCAUUGCCGUAGUUUCAACGGCGUGUUCUGUAACUCCGAUGGGUUUGUGGAAAGGAUUGUUUUAUGGAACUCUAGCUUAGCUGGAACUUUGUCGCCUUCCUUGUCGGGAUUAAAGUUCUUGAGGACUUUGACAUUGUAUGGAAAUAGAUUUACUGGUAAUAUUCCGAUCGAAUAUGGCGCCAUUGUUACACUAUGGAAGUUGAACUUGAGCUCCAAUGCGUUUUCGGGUUUGGUGCCAGAGUUCAUCGGCGAUUUGCCGAGCAUUCGGUUUCUGGAUUUGUCUAGAAAUGGCUUUACUGGGGAGAUUCCUUCAGCUGUGUUCAAGAAUUGUUUUAAAACUAGAUUUGUUUCAUUUUCUCAUAAUAGAUUUUCAGGUAGGAUACCUUCAACAAUUUUGAAUUGUUUGAGCCUUGAAGGCUUUGAUUUCUCUAAUAAUGAUCUAAGUGGGAGCAUUCCUUUGCAACUCUGUGACAUUCAAAGAUUAGAGUAUGUUUCUGUAAGAAGCAAUGCAUUAUCUGGGAGUGUCCAAGGGCAGUUCUCUUCUUGCCAGAGUUUGAAACUUGUGGAUCUGAGUAGCAAUAUGUUCACUGGGUCACCGCCGUUUGAGGUUCUCGGAUUCAAAAACAUCACUUAUUUUAAUGUCUCAUAUAACAGGUUUAGUGGGGGAAUUGCAGAGGUGGUGAGUUGUAGCAAUAAUCUGGAAGUUCUUGAUGUUUCAGGAAAUGGUUUGAAUGGAGAGAUCCCAUUAAGCAUUACAAAGUGUGGGAGUAUUAAAAUAUUAGAUUUUGAAUCUAACAAGCUGGUUGGGAAGAUCCCUGCUGAACUUGCAAAUUUGAACAAGCUCUUGGUGCUUCGGUUGGGUUCUAAUUCGAUCACCGGGACAAUUCCGGCCAUUUUCGGGAACAUCGAGCUACUUCAGGUUUUGAAUUUGCACAACCUCAAUCUUGUUGGUGAGAUUCCUAACGACAUAACCAGUUGCAGGUUUCUUCUUGAGUUGGAUGUUUCUGGUAAUGCAUUGGAAGGGGAGAUUCCUCAAACUCUUUACAACAUGACAUACCUUGAAAUCCUUGAUCUACACGAUAACCAUCUGAACGGAAGCAUUCCAUCGACGCUUGGGAGCCUCUUGAAACUGCAGUUUCUGGAUCUAUCUCAAAACCUGCUGUCUGGUUCAAUACCUCGUACUCUUGAAAAUCUCACAUUGCUGCACCAUUUCAACGUUUCUUUCAAUAACCUUUCAGGCACCAUACCUUCUGUAAAUACGAUCCAAAAUUUCGGGCCUUCUGCAUUCUCGAACAAUCCUUUUCUUUGUGGUGCUCCCUUGGAUCCUUGCUCUGCAGGCAACACCCCUGGCACGACUUCCAUAUCGAAGAAACCAAAGGUUCUUAGUCUUUCUGCAAUCAUUGCAAUCAUAGCAGCUGUUGUGAUCCUGGUCGGGGUAUGCGUGAUCUCCAUUUUGAAUCUAAUGGCUCGGACGAGGAAGGCAAGGAGCACCGAAAUCAUUGAGAGUACACCGCUUGGCUCAACCGAUUCAGGCGUCAUAAUUGGGAAACUGGUUCUUUUCAGCAAAACUUUGCCUUCCAAGUAUGAAGACUGGGAGGCUGGCACCAAAGCUUUGCUCGACAAGGAAUGCAUAAUAGGGGGUGGCUCAAUCGGCACCGUCUACAGAACAAGUUUUGAGGGCGGCAUCUCCAUUGCUGUUAAGAAGCUGGAGACUCUAGGGAGGAUCAGAAGUCAAGAUGAGUUUGAGACUGAAAUCGGACGUUUGGGAAACAUCAAACACCCAAACUUAGUCGCUUUCCAGGGCUACUAUUGGUCGUCAUCGAUGCAGUUGAUUCUCUCUGAAUUCGUCACGAAUGGCAAUUUGUACGACAAUCUACAUAGUCUGAAUUAUCCAGGCACCAGCACAGGCAUUGGCAAUGCGGAGUUGCAUUGGUCUAGAAGAUACAAAAUUGCAAUUGGAACAGCUAGAGCUCUUGCUUAUCUUCACCAUGAUUGUAGACCUCCAAUUCUUCACCUCAACAUAAAAUCAACUAACAUACUGUUAGAUGAAAACUACGAAGGCAAGUUAUCCGAUUACGGGUUGGGGAAGUUGCUUCCAGUUUUGGACAAUUAUAUCUUAACAAAGUACCAUAGUGCCGUAGGGUACGUUGCACCGGAGUUAGCACAAAGUUUGAGAGCUAGUGAAAAGUGCGAUGUGUAUAGUUUCGGAGUGAUUCUACUGGAGUUGGUAACAGGGAGGAAGCCAGUUGAGAGUCCAAGAGCAAAUCAGGUAGUGAUUUUGUGUGAAUAUGUAAGGGAGUUGUUGGAAAGUGGUUCUGCUUCUGACUGUUUCGAUCGUAACUUACGUGGCAUUGCCGAAAACGAGCUCAUCCAAGUGAUGAAGUUGGGAUUGAUUUGUACAUCUGAGAUCCCUUCGAAGAGACCGAGCAUGGCAGAGGUUGUUCAAGUUCUUGAGUCGAUACGAAACGGAUUAGGAUCAUAGGAAUAACAAUGCUGGGAUGGAUAGAGAUGUAAGGAAUGAAUGGAUAGUAGCAGAAGCUCAAGCUUUUUUCUUUUUCUUUUUUUUUUCUGGUUUAAGAGGAUUCUUUUGCAUUCUUUCUUCUUUUGUUUUGUGAUUAACAUCAUUGAUCGAUCGGGUUGUUCCUUCGGUCAUGAAAUAUUGUAACUGUUGAACAAUAAAAUUCUUUAUUUAUUGCACUCAGAUGGAUCUUCAUCUUUCUAAACACUAAA